AUGCAGCACGAUGAUGUUGUUUGGGCUAUUAUCAACAAAACACAUUGUUCACAUAAAGUAACCACAAAGACUCAACAUUUUUGCCGGAAUGAAUAUAACCUCACAGGUUUAUGCAGUCGUUCGUCGUGCCCUCUCGCUAACAGUAAAUAUGCAACUAUUAGAGAAGAAAAUGGUAUCAUAUAUCUAUAUAUGCGAACUGCAGAACGAUUAAUGUUUCCUGCAAAACAAUGGGAAACAGUAAAAUUAUCCAGAAACUUUGAAAAGGCUAUACAUCAAAUUAAUGAGAAUUUACUUUAUUGGCCUGCAUUUAUUAAAUCAAAAUGUAAACAAAGAUUUUUGAAAAUAACCCAGUAUCUCAUACGUAUGAGAAAACUAAAACUUAGAAGAGUAAAAGAGCUGGUACCAAUUCAGCGAAAGAUAGAGAGGCGUGAAAGACGACGUGAAGAAAAAGCAUUGGUAGCUGCCAGGAUAGACAAUGCUAUUGAAAAACAAUUGCUGGAAAGGUUGAAGAAGGGAACGUACAAUGACAUCUAUAACUUCCCACAAAUGGCUUUUGAUGCUGCACUGAAAGCAGAAGAAGUUUCUGGUGAAAGUGAAAGUGAUAAAUCAGAUGAUGAAGAAGAGGAGAGGGAGAUUGAGCCAGAACUAGAGAAUGAAUUGGAGAGGAGCAUGGAUAAAGUGGAUGAGUUUGUUGAAGCAGAUAGUGAUAUGGAAAGCGAUGAGGAUAGUGAUUCGGGCAGAAAGGUGGGUGCAGAAGUUGGUAGUGAUUUUGAGUCCGAAACGUCUGAUAUUGAGGACAUAUCCGAGAAGUUGUCCACUAGAAAGAAGCCUCGUGUUGAAAUAGAAUAUGAAACCGAACCGUCAGUUAGUAUUAAUAAGAGGAAAAUAAAACAAUGA